CCACUGCCAGCCAGCUGAAUCACAUCACAUCACAUCACAUCGCAGCACCCCGCGCAGGAUCGAAUAUCUCGUCCUCUUCUCUCUUUCUCCCUCUUCUCUUCACCUUCACCUUCGUCGUAGAAACAGUCGCUGUCCUUCAUCAGUCUUUUGCAACAUAUCUGCAGACGCUCUUCAGCUUCAAGUCUUUCGAAGUACCAUCCACGCAGAGCUACCCCGCCAUCUCCUUUCGAGAAUCCAACCCCCAAACCAACAGCAUCAUACAAGAUGGUUGACCGCCCAAAGAAACCGUCUGCUCUCGCCACGACUCCCGGUCUUCCCCCUCAAGCUCAACUCAACAUCUCGCACGAUAAUUCUCGCGUUUCAGCUGUCCUUCCCACUGGAGAGAGCGUUGAGGUUCUGCUCUUCGGAGCUACUAUCAUUAGCUGGAAGGAUGCGAAAGGAAAUGAAAAGUUGUGGUUGAGUGAGGCUGCAAAGCUGGAUGGGACGAAGGCUGUCCGUGGAGGCGUUCCACUGGUUUUCCCGGUCUUCGGCACAGCUCCUGAUCACGCAGCGACCGCGAAGCUUCCUCAACAUGGUUUUGCACGAUCGUCGAGAUGGGAAUUCCUCGGAAAGAGCACAUCAGAGUCGUCUACUCUCUCUGCUACAUCUGCUGGUGAUGACAGCGUAAAGCUGGACUUUGGCUUAAGUCCAAGCAACUUGACUGAGGAGAGUAAGAAAGCGUGGCCAUACAAGUUUGGCUUGAUCUACAGUGUGACUCUUGGAAAGGAGGGCUUGACGACGAGUCUCGUGGUUCAGAAUGAUGGAGAGCAGGCAUGGGAGUUCCAAACUUUGAUGCAUACUUACUUCAGAGUCAAGGAUAUCUCAACCGUCUCCAUUACUGGCCUUGAAUCCUCUCCAUAUCUCGACAAAGUCCUAGGUCCAUCUUCGACUGGCGAACCAUACACAUCCCCCUCUGCUGCUGUAUCACUUUCCUCAAAAGUUGAUCGUGUUUACACUCCAGCUGGCGGACCCGAAGCUGCAGUCAUAAUCAAGGAAGGUGGAAAGAAAAAAUUCGGCAUUGUCAGAGACAAUAUGAAUGAAGUCGUAGUCUGGAACCCAUGGAAGGAUGACGCUCAAGGGAUGGGGGAUUUUGCGCCCAAGGACGGCUAUAAGGAGAUGAUCUGUGUGGAGGCAGGUGCCGUAAAGGGGUGGCAGAAGUUGGAGCAGGGAGAGACUUGGGAGGGUGGACAAGUAAUCAUGGCUGCGAACUGACUGGAGUUGGGAGAUAACCGUCUGCUGAAGCUUUGAGACAGGCAGGCUGUGGUUAGCGAAAGGAUACUGGUCGACCUGGAUGGGAUUGACGAAAAACGCAUGGAACAUGAUAGAUGACGGUGGCAUGAUUGAUGAAUGAUGGCGAAGUGGAGGCUAUUAUCACUUCCAAAUAUGGG